UUAUUCCGGUUUCGGUCCAAUAUUGGCCACACAAAAUAUUACCAGUAAUACCAGUAAAAUAUUACUAGAAAAUAUUACCAUGCCUGGAAAACCUCCAGGAAAAUCUUUCCUUACACAGCGUGGCCUGUCAACCGUUCGACCUGUUGACAAACCUCGUCCUGAUUUUACUGACGAGAUAACAUCCUUCGCAUCCUUCCUGGGUUACGGCUCGUUUGGGGUCGUUUUAAAAGCAAAAAUUUUCGCAGAUUUCUACGCCGUUAAACUUCUGCUCCCCAAUCAAAUGCUGACUGAAAGUCAGACACGUCGCGAGUUGGAAAUUCCCCUCGCUCUGAAGAAUCACAAGAACAUCGUAAAGAUUUACAAAUCCGUGGAAAACAAAGUACUGUCAACUUCCCAGAUGAAGCAAAUUCUGGCAUUAUCCCCACCCACUGUUGAAGCUAGAUAUAAAGAGAAGCUACUCACGGGGUCACCCAUUGAGUGGACUUGCAUCCAAAUGGAACUCUGCGGAAGAAGUUUGAAACAUUGGCUGGAAGUGUUCAAACCAUCAAUCGACUCUAUGUAUACUCAAAUGAAGCAAGCUGCCAUAGUGACUGGUUUGGUAGCGGGCCUUAAAUUUUUACACAAUAAUAAAGUAAUUCAUCGCGAUCUUAAACCAGACAAUGUUAUGUUUACCACAUUCGAGUACGAUCUGCCCGUAAAAAUCGGCGACUUCGGCUUGGCGAGAUGGAUGUUCCCUGAAGAUGGCAGCACAUUCACGAGGAGUGUAGGGACCCGAGGGUAUAGGGCGCCGGAAGUAUCAGAUGGAAAAUACUCCUACCAGGCAGACUUGUUCUCGCUUGGGCUAGUUAUCUGGGAACUAACAGCCUUAAUCCAAGCAGAUAGGAAGCCCGGUUUAUUCGACAAAUUGGUGAACGAUGGAAAUGAAGAAUUAGUCGAGGAGCAUCCCCUUCUGGGGGAUGGAUUACGAAAAAUUAUAAUUCUAUGCACCAAGAGGAACCCGAUAAAUAGAUUCGAAUCCGUGCAUCAAAUUGCCGAAAUACUGUCCGAGCCCAUGAGACCAAUUCCCGCGCAAAAAAUUGUUGCCCAAACAAGUGAGGAGUUGACCCUAUGUGUCGAAUUUGCAUCACCUGGAUCUACCAUUAACCUUGAGGAGGGCACUUACUCAUGCAGCGUUUACCUGAGCACUGACAACAUCACGAUUGUUGGUCGAGGAUCAAACACUGUCAUUGAUUUAGGUUAUUCCAACUCCAUCGAGGUCGAGUCAAACCUUUGCAUUCUUUCAAAUCUGAAAGUUAAAUUUUCUCAGACGGGGGUCAGGCGCAAUAGGAUCGCAUUAGUGGGUUUCAAAAAUCAACUCAGCGACAUUGAAGUCGCAGUUUUAGCUUAUCAAAGCCCGUUGCCCGACAUGUAUUUUUAUCGCCAAAUUGAAAUCUUGGGCAGUUACAAUUCAAUAGAUAGCGUGAAGAUAGAAAACCAUUCGGCCGCUGAUGUUGCAGUAAUUUUCACCGAUAAUUCAUCCCAUUGCACCUUAUCUAAUUUAGUCGUCACUAAUGGGCUGGUUCAACUAUUUUGCUACGGCAAAAAUCAUACCGUUUCCAGUACGAGAUUUGAAACGUUAAGCCAAACACUAAAACCGCGGCAAAACAAACCCUCGUUUCCUACAACAAGAUUUUCUUUACAUGUGCUAGGAUUGCAUUGCAAACUUGAAAAUAUUAAAUGCAACGAGGUAUAUGUUCGUGGUGACCAUGCAGUACUGACAAGCGUGCAAUGUACCGAUGGAAUCAGAAUUCUGGGUCAACACGAAGGAAUCAUGCUAACUCAGUGUGAAGCUAAACAAUUGAAAAAUAAAUCAAGAAUCAUCAUUGAUGAAUGUGAGUUUGGUUCCGUGUCAACAUCCAUCGUUUCGCUCACACCUUUCGCCUUUUUUUGACCUGGAGGGACUUGACAUCGGGAUCUAUAUAAAAUAUGCUCAGUACGAUACACUAAUGAACAAAUGUAUAGUCCAUUUUUAAAGUUAUUUUUAUUUCUACAUUUACUUACAAACCGUCGUCAAGAUUAAGGAUUAUAAAAAUGUACUUGAAAUUCAAAUCAGAUUUUGUAUUUAUGUAUUACGCUUCACAUACAUUUAUGUGAUUCGGUAAUGGAAUUAAGUUAAUUAGGAUCUUGCCAAAUGUAGCUUAAACCUUGAAAUGAAUUAUAUAAACUAAGUACAAUAUUUCAAGGAGUUAUUUAAACGUAGCCUUGCAUUAUUUCCUUUCGACUAAAAUUGUAUUCUACCAUAAAGCAUACAUAAUUGCGUCGUAGAUACUUGGGUCGUCAAUAUUGUACACAAAACAAGUAUAUAGUUAGAUACGAUUUGUUAAUUUCUAAGACGACUAAUAAAUAUGCACAUAUGUACAUACAUACACAAAAUUGGAAUGGUGAAGUAAUGGAUAAAAUAAA